AUGGAUUUUCAUAACUUCGAUAAGCUCAAAUUUGGAAUGUCACUUUUGCCUGAUGAUAUAUUUAUGCGUGUGGACAAUAAUUUUUUUUCUGUUGUUAAAACAAUUGCCGGUGAUUCUGUCGUUAAAAUAUUAAAAAUCCAAUUAAUAAAUUCUGCACGAAAAUUAUUAUGCAUACCUUAUGUUUUUGAAUUUUUGCGUAUAGACUCUGAAGAAGUUGGUGCUAUUAAACUUGAAUCCUGUUUUAAAUCUAAAACAGGGCAAUAUGUGAUUAAGCCAGGUGUUCAAAGUAGCUUACUAUAUCUAAUAGAUUUACUAAAGGAAAAAUUAAAAAAAGAAAAAGAAUCAACAAUGAAUGAUGACAAUCAAAGUUAUCUAAACAUUCUUACUAAGGAAUUUCUUGAUAAUCAUCCAUUGCUUAAGUCUCUUAUUAGAUGGUACCAACAAAUGGAUGUAAUCGAAAACAACAACAAGAACAACAAAACACAUAAUUUUCUGCAAUUAUUUAUUGAUAAUUUAACAAACAAUUUAACUCGAUCUCCUAACAACUUUCGAUAUGAUGAAUCAAUGAAAAAUUUUGCAUUAUGUUUGUAUAUAUUAGGUGGAAAACAAACUUAUGAAUUUAUUUGUUUAAACUUGUACGGAUCCAUACUUAAUUUAACAACGCUCGGCGAUUUAAUUAAAACUUCAAAUAUGGCCUUAAAUGAAGCAGAGUUUAGGUUUGAAUAUCUUCCUCAAUUGCAUUCAAGCUUUGGUUUUUGCUCUGAAGAUACUACUGGAGUGAUUCGUAAAGUUGAAUAUGAUUGUUCAACAAACUCUUUUGUUAGAUUUGCCACGCCAGUUACUGAUGGUGUUCCAUUAUCACAAUGCUUUCAAGUAGAUACAUUUAAUGAUAUAAAAGAAAUUUAUGAUAUGAGUGAACAAGCUCGACUAUUGAAUGUACAUAUGUUUCAAGGUAUACAUAGUGAUGAUAAUACAACGAGUAUUCCAAGACCAUUUCUACUGUCUGCAUAUGGCAUCAAUAAUAAUUUUACGGCUUUGGAUGUUUUACAAAGAUGGUUAUAUAUAUAUCGGAAUUGCUUAAAAAACGGCGUUCGUGUGAUUGAUUUUUCUACAGGUUUAGAAUCCGCCUGGUAUGUUGUAUUUGUUUGUCGAAUAUGGUGGUCUUGGUUAAAAAAGGAGUCAUCCUCAAGCUCAUCAAAACGCACAACAGCAUGUGAACAACAAAAUCAUAUUAACAAAUAUUUCAUCACAAAACCUGCUUAUUUAUCUGUUGAGCCAAAUGCACACAAUAUGCUUUAUAUGGUGCUUUUAGUGAAGCAACAUUCGUUACCCAAACAAGCAUUAAUCAAUAUACAUUUAUUUAAUUCUCAGGGAUACGACAAAAACGACGAUGAUAAUGUACUUAAUGAUGAACAAAAUCAGCUCGAUGAUGAAGCGUUAUUGGAUUUUGAAAAUGACGACGAUGUUGUUGAUGAAGAAGAUGUACUUACUUCUACAAAAUCUGAGUUCAAUGGAAUAAGAGUAUUUGAUGAUAUUGAUCCAAAUUUAAAGCAAUCGUACUUCAAGAUUAAAUUAAAUGACAAAAUUAAGUACCUUCAUAAACAAUCAGCGUGCUGGUUAUUGUCAAAUAAAAUAACAAAACUGUCAAGUGAUCGUUUAUCUCGUUGUAAACAGCAAAGCAGUUAA